AUGGCAUCCCGACAAGCGGGGUACUUCCAAUCCCUGCAAUUCCCCUCCGAAUCCUCCGUCCUCAUCCACGACCAAAUCUACGGCGACCACCACAUCACAGAGCCCAUCCUCGUCGAGCUCCUCCGCUCCCCAACUCUCCAACGCCUAACAGGAGUCUGGCAAAGUGGCAUCACCGCCCUAUUCAACCUCGGGCCGCGAGUCUCGCGCUUCGAGCACUCCGUCGGAGCCUUCCUCCUCGUCCGCAAAGUCGGAGCCAGCGUCGCGGAACAGGUCGCCGCGCUUCUCCACGACGUCAGCCACACAGCCCUCAGCCAUGUCAUGGACUGGGCGCUGUCCAAACCAGGCGAGGACAGCUACCACGAGGAGCACAAAGCGCGGUACAUCGCCAUGACACCCCUACCGGAGAUCCUGGCGCGGCACGGCUUCGCGGACCUCAAACCGCUCGAGGAGCAUCUCUACCCGCUUGUCGAAAGGCCCGCGCCGCAUCUCUGUGCCGAUAGGCUGGAUUACGCGCUACGCGACGCCGUCGCCUAUGAGAAGAUGUCGCUGUCGGAGGCGCAGGGUGUCUUUCGCGCCUUCGCUGCCUUUCCGGACGCGGAGAGCCCUGCUCGGCUGAUGGUGCUGCCUGACGUGUCGCUCGCGCUGCGGUUGGCCAGGGCGUACAUGGAAUGCGACCGGAAUGUGUGGUGCAAUCCCUCGCACAUCGACAUGUACAAGCGGACGGGCCAGAUCAUCCGCGAUCUAGUUGAACAGGGGAAGAUCAGUGAUAAUGACUUGUGGUGUCCGGACGACGAGUUCUGGGCGUUGUUGCGCAGUGCGUCAGAUGCGAAUGGGAUCAAGGAGCUCGAGCGGCUGGAGACGGAGGGCGCCCCCAAGGCGAAGGGCCUGGGUCUGCCUCCGGGGGCCAAGGUGCGGACGAUCGAUCCGGAUGUCUACGUCUCGGGAGAGGACAAACCGUGUCCGUUGUCUGUGGUUGAUGAUGUUUGGGCACGGGAGAGACAGGAAUAUAUCCAGAAGAUUCAAUACAGCUUACAUCUCUGUUUUCUUUAUAGAAGUUUUGCAUAUGACUUCAUCCGUCUUUCUUCUCCCCACCAAACGCAGCACUUCACAAUGGCAGACCAGGCUUAUACAACCACCGACCUGCAGGGCGCAUUGCCCCUCGUGGCCCGCGGCAAGGUCCGCGAUCUGUAUGAGGUCGACGAAAAGACGCUCCUCUUCAUCGCAACGGACCGCAUCUCCGCCUACGAUGUGAUCAUGGAGAAUGGCAUCCCCAACAAAGGCGUCCUCCUCACGCUGUGCACCAAAACAUGGUUCAAGAUCCUCACCGACGCCAUCCCAGGGCUCCGCACGCACUUCCUAACCCUCGACCUUCCCCCGCAAAUCCCCGCGUCGCUACGCCCCGUUCUCCAGAACCGCAGCAUGCAGGUGCGCAAGCUCAAGAUCCUGCCCAUUGAGGCUAUCGUUCGCGGGUACAUCACCGGUUCCGCGUGGAACGAGUACAAGAAGUCUGGAACUGUCCAUGGGAUUCCGGUUGCGCCGGGGUUGCAGGAGAGCCAGGCUUUCCCCGAUGGGCCGAUUUAUACGCCGAGUACGAAGGCGGAGCAGGGAGAGCAUGAUGAGAAUAUUCAUCCUGAUCAGGCGAUCCAAAUCCUCGGCGCCACCCACGCCUCCACAGUCGCCGCCCUCGCGAUCAAACUCUACAAAGCCGCGCACGAAUACGCGCUCACCCGCGGCGUCAUCAUCGCCGAUACGAAGUUCGAGUUCGGCCUCGACGAAGCCACCAAUGAGGUCGUGCUCGCCGAUGAGGUCCUCACGCCCGACUCGUCGCGGUUCUGGCCGAAGGACUCGUACGCUGUCGGACGGGGGCAGCAGAGCUUCGAUAAGCAGUUUUUGCGCGAUUGGUUGGUGAGGGAGGGACUUAAGGGGAAGGAGGGUGUGCGGAUGAGUGAGGAGAUCGCGUUGAAGACGAGUGAGAAGUAUAAGGAGGCUUGGGAGAGGAUUACUGGUGGGGUUUAAUCUCUUCCUACUUUCUUCUCAUUCAGUGGAAAUUGAUGUGAAGAGGGGAUGGUGUAUGUGAUGUAUACUUUAUUAACAGAUAAGAUGUGAUAUCAAAGACUAACUAGUUACGCAUUAUAUUC